UGGCAUUUUUUUCUUCAGUAAAUACCUAAAAUCGACUGAUAGGGCGACUAGAUUCCUAAUUUUCGCCCAAUUUCCUUGAUUUUACAUUUGUGGCACUUUCUGAAUCAAAUUUGAUUCGGCUCCUGAGGAUGGGUUUCUCUUACUACAUUUUAACUCUAACUUCCUCUCGUGCUUGGCAAGUUUAAGUUACAAUGUCCUGUAAUUUCAUUAAUAUAUAGCUCAUUCCAGCCUUAUCAAUUAUUUUGCUGCUUUACUAGCUGGUUUCAUUGCAUUUCAGUUUUUUUUUUCAAUAAUUGAUAGUGAAACAAGAUUUUUGCAAUGAAUAAAUAAGAGAAAUGCUAAUGAAGAAGCUCCUUCCAAUCUCAUUGAUGUCUGCCAAAACCACUCCUUCAAAAUCCUCCUGGAAGGGUCUGUUUGAUAUUGCUGUACUGUGAUGCCCUAGAGACAAACACUCAUCUUAAAUAUAUUAGUUAAGUUAAAUUUGAAAUUUUUUAGUAAAAAAAUUUCACUAAACAGCUUUUUCAAUUUUUUUUAACAGUAUCUAGAACAGUGCUUUUCCAAAAAGCGGGUUGGAGCCAUAAUUUUGUCUACAAUUGUUUUAUAAACAAUCUUUGAUUCCUAACAUCUUAAUGUUUCUCUCUGGUUAAAUACUCCAAUAUCAAAAUCUUUACACAAUGCCAGUCUACAAGCCUUUUUUCCUCCUACAUGCCAAAAGCAUUAAUUUUGAAUUCUAGAAACCCUCUAGUGUUUCUGGACUUACCUAAUUUUCCUCAUAUAUACCAUAUAGUCAACCCCAAUUAUAAGAAGAACUGGUGAUUUAUUAUCAGUUCUCAUUAUUGAUCAGCAGCAUUCAGAUAUUUUAACAGAGCUUUACCUGUGCUACUGCAACGUUGUCUAUCCUGUUUCCUAUGGAUUCCUUCAGUUUUUGAUUGCUUUAAGCAAGCCUCGGUGACCAUUCCUUCAUCCCUCAUGACUUCAACUGUUUCAACUUCUCGAGGAUUUAUUCCACCAACAAGGCAUAGCUCCUUUGAAUCCUCAAGUAUCAUUGGUCCUGGAUCUUUAGGUCAGCCUGAGCUAGAUAGUGAUGAAGCAGAGUUGCUCUCUGUAUCCUGGAACCAGGAUUAUGGUUGCUUUGCUACUGGCACAAACCGGGGGUUUCGUAUAUAUAACUGUGAGCCCUUUAAGGAAACUUUCAGACGUGAUCUGAAAAAUGGGGGAUUCAAAAUUGUUGAGAUGCUGUUCAGGUGCAAUAUUUUGGCACUUGUUGGCAGUGAUUCUAAUUCCCAGUAUCCUCCAAACAAAGUUUUAAUCUGGGAUGAUCAUCAGAGCCGGUGCAUUGGUGAAUUUUCAUUUAGGUCUGAGGUUCGUGCAGUGAAAUUAAGACGGGAUCGAAUUGUUGUUGUUCUUGAGCACAAAAUUUAUGUUUAUAGUUUCAUGGAUCUAAAACUUCUUCAUCAGAUUGAGACUCUGACAAAUCCCAGGGGACUGUGCUGCCUUUCUCACCAUUCAAAUACAUCUGUUUUAGCUUGCCCAGGUCUUCAACGAGGCCAGGUUCGAGUUGAACACUUUGGGCUGAAUGUCAUGAAGUUGAUUAAUGCUCAUGAUUCUCAUCUUGCAUGCAUCACCUUGACAAUGGAUGGCCUGCUUCUUGCAACUGCUAGUACAAGGGGCACCUUGAUAAGAAUCUUCAAUACAAUGGAUGGGACUCGCUUGCAAGAGGUGCGAAGAGGAGUCGACAGAGCAGAAAUUUAUGGCAUUGCACUCUCUCGGAAUGUUCAGUGGUUGGCUGUGUCAAGUGACAAAGGUACUGUUCAUAUUUUCAGUCUUAGAGUUCGUGUGGCUGGGGAGGACUCUUCCUGUCACUCAAGUCCUAUUCAGGGUCCAGCAUUGUUAAACCAGAAUUCAUCAACUUCCCUUGAUGCCCUUAUCUCUCCAAGCACUAGUGCUAACCCUGGUUCAUCCUUGUCUUUUAUGAGAGGGGUAUUACCAAAGUAUUUUAGCUCUGAGUGGUCAUUUGCUCAGUUCCACUUACCAGAAGACACCCAAUUCAUUGCAGCAUUUGGAUCCCAGAAUACUGUUAUUAUUGUUGGCAUGGAUGGAAGUUUCUACAGGUGCAGCUUUGAUCUGGUUCAUGGAGGAGAGAUGUUGCAGCAGGAAUAUGCACGCUUCCUGAAAACAGAGAGCAGGCCUAGAUAAGGUUAUUAGUUAUUCAUGCCCAUUAUAUACUUUUUGCCUCGUGUAAAUAUGGAUCCUAAAUUUUAGCAAUGUAAAUAUUGUUGCAUGAAAUAUCUCAUCAAGUGUAUAGCAUAUAAGCAAUGCUGUUCCAGUCGCCUUUUGAGGGCAAUAAAUUGUUUGGUGGCAAUGCAAAUAUUACCAUUGAUGGAUUCUCAAUGAAUGCAUUGGUAACAUUCUCUGGUA